AUGGCCGUAUCUACCACCACCUUCGACUCGUCUGGUCAGACAUUCACAGAAACGCUCGUCCCUGCUACCCCAACCGUUUCGUCCUGGCCCAAUAGAACUCGGGGCAACCCAAACGAGCACAAGCACUUUCUCAAUCCUUUGGACGCUACGACUCUUUCUUCGAUAGCUACGCGGUCAAUUCUGAUCCAUUCAAGCACCAUCACGAAGGCAACCUUGUCGACGCUUCCAUGGUCAAUAGCGCGAAGUCUUUGGCUGAACCUAGAGCGGAAUGAGCUCGUCAGUGCACGAUUGUGGUGCGCCUUUGUCAGUACGUUUCCUGAAGAACUGGAGGUAGAAUUCCCUGCCCUGGAGAGGAUGGGCCGGAGAGAGGCGAGCGCACAAAAGGCAAUAGAAGAGCGGACGGUCGGAAAUGGUCACGAGGUUGAGAAUAGAAAUGGGGCGCUCGAAAGCCUGAGGAGACAUACAACGCGAAUAGUACACGCCCGUAGGUAUCCACUGGAUGCGUAUUUGGGACCACUUUUGGAAUUGAGCGGGAGGAAUACGCUGGGCAAGUGGAUGGCGGUGUUGACGUUGCAGAAUGUGAAGGCCUCGAGGCAGGCGAUGACCCAGGGGCUUUCUGGGUUAAGAAAUCUCAUUUGCCUGACUCUGGGAGAGGGCGUGGCGUGUGAACCGGGCCAUGGCGUUGAUGUCGCAAUCUUUAGGGAAUGGGGCAGGUACGCUGCUGAGGGUGUUGCUUCAAUGGUCACUGAAAAAGACUUAGAAAGAUGUGCAACGCCAUUUGGGAUGCUGAGGGUGCUAAAUUUGAGGUUGCAACCAAUUAUCAACGCCAAAGUAUUUAAAUACCUAGCCCCACUGCCACUGCUUUCUACCAUCAACGUGGAUCGUUGUGGUAUCAAAGAAGCGGAUACUGAAGUCGCGGAAGACGAAGGUUGGGACUUAUUAGAUCCCGACUCUGGACAUCGCCCGCAAGGCAUGACUGUUUCACAUGGUUGGGAAGCUGUCGCUGAAAGUUGCCUGGAUUUCGCGCGGGAUAUGGAAAAGGCUCCUCGAGCUAUCGAGGACGCUUAUGCUCUGCCUAGGCUGCACUUGCUCCUCGGAACGGACUCGAUGAUGCUGAUUUCCGACAAUUUUCAGCGUGGGCAGGGAAAUAGAUCUUUCGUCAGAGAGCCCGUAGCGCAACGAAAGCGAGCUGAAGUGAUUGUGCUCGGCACAAAAAGAUGCUGGAGUCAAGACAAGAGUACAAGUACUGAAAGGGUCAACAAGAAGCGGGAAUUCAAAGGGUCGACAGAGAAUGAUGAGAUAUGGCGGGCAAUUGCAGCAUCAUUCCCAAUCUGA